AUGUAUGGGAUGUAUGAGAUGUAUGAAAUGCAAGGGACGGACAACACGCAUGGGAUGCUGGGUAGAAUGUGCGGAUAUGUAUCGGAUGGAAGAAAUGUAUGUAGUGUCUGGAAAUAUGAAAAAGCAUUUGCGCUCUACGGAAUGGCGCGGGAAUCUGGGUUUGCUGCAACCACAAACUAUCCAUCAGGCCGCAUUAGCGGUGGCGCUUUACCGUUUCUUUACAGGUCAGUAACGUGUCAUAACCUUAACUUCCAACAACAACGGCUACGUGUUCCCAUCAUUGAUAAUUGCAUUGAAGAAACACAUCGUCCAUCAUCAAAUGAUUCUCAACAUCAAUACAAUAUACGUUCAUCUACCAGACCACCACAAGCCGUCACCACAGCUCCAUUACCCAUUCAACAGUUAAAAAACCCAUCCGAACAUUAUCCACGAACAAAAUUUCGUCAUUAUUAG